CCUUCGUAUCGCGUUCCGCCCCACACCUCUCUUUCCUUCCUCGCCCCACCGCCACGCUUCGCGCGGCGCCGACGCAUCCGGGCAGCCGGCGCCACCACCGAGCAACGGUGCGGCGGAGCCGAGCAGCCGCGAGGGGGCGGGCCGAUGGAGGCGCCGGCGGGGGACGAGGAGCUGGAAUCGCUGCUCCGGAACUUCCAUCGCGUCUCCCAGGGGUACAAAGAUGCACUUAUGGAGGUCCAAGCUUCAAGAGUAAACUGCAGUGCUGAGUCCAAGAAGCGUGAAGCCCUUGAAUCCCAUAUUACAGAUCUGAAGAGAGAUAAUGAGCGAUUAAGAAGACUGUACACAGAAACUCUGUUCAAGUUCACCAACCAGGUGAAAUUUCAUGCAGAAGCUCAAAGCCUGAAGGAAGAACUGGAAACGACAAAUAGUAAAUUGCUAUCAAUGGAAGAGGAGCAUAAGAGGGAAGUUGAGCAACUUAGGCACAACAAUGAAAUGAACAGCAAUGUCCUGGAGAAUGAGCUAAGCCAUGCCCUUGUUCAGCAAGCAACAGAUGAAGCUGCGACGAAGCAACUGAAGUUGGAGCUGGGUGCUCAUAAAGCUCAUAUCAACAUGUUAAGUAGCAGGUUGGAGCAGGUUACUGCCGAUGUGCAUUCGCAGUAUAAAAAUGAGAUCCAGGAUUUGAGGGAUGUGAUUGCUGUUGAACAGGAGGAGAAGAAGGACAUGCAAAGGAAGCUUCAGAAUGCGGAAAACGAGUUGAGGGUCAUGAGGAUGAAGCAGGCCGAGCAGCAGCGGGACUCCGUCUCGGUCCAGCACGUGGAGACGCUGAAGCAGAAGGUGAUGAAGCUGCGGAAGGAGAACGAGUCCCUCAAGAGGAGGCUGGCGAGCUCUGAAGCCUGAACUGCCGCUCAUUCCCCCAUGUACAUUUCUCGAUUCUCAUACUACAAGUAUUAGGCGAUCAGACACUGAGAUACGCUCAGGUGCACGACCAGGACAGAAACGCGAGCACCAUGCAAUUGUUCUCCGUUUCCUUUUCCCGUUUUCGCAUCCUGUGGAUGUCCAACCGCUGCGUCGACGGUUCAUAACCCAUGUUUGCAAUGCUCACAAAUGAAUGUUCUGCUC